GAGAAAUUCAUCACUUUCACCUCAGUCUGGAAGAGUAGAGAGAGAAAAGAGCUCGACUGCAACAUCGUGUAGCUCACUCUCACCCAAAAUUCUAAAUUCUUGUACAUACACACAUAUACUUUUCACAAUUCGGACUUAAUUGGCACUAAGACAAGAUUAUCCUGAUCAGACAGAGGGGUUUCAAAAUUUCUGCAAAUUUCAACACUGGAAAAAAUAACGAGCUUAGUUAGACCCCAAUACAAAUCAUCAUCCUCAUCAUGGACCUUAAGAAGGAAGGACAACCUCAGUCUCGACCAAAGUCGCCAAAAUCUCAGAAGGGCUCCUCCCUCUCCUCCAUGGCCAGUCAUGUCUCUGGCAACAACAACGUUCCCCAUCCUCCAUCCACCCCAAAUAAUAACAACAUCACUGCAACGGUCCCCACUUCCGGGAGUCGUAGCAAGUCUCCCACUGCAAAUCGCUCCUUGACACCGCAAGAACGGUCGAAACUUGCCCGGGACAAAUUUCAGAGCCUGCUUCUCUCCGCCAACAAAGUCCAAGCCCAUCAAACUCUUCCCCCCGGAAGUUAUGGGAUUGGAAUGAAACCUUCGUCCACGCUUGGAACGACUGCACAAAUGCAUGCGGCCGCCGUAUUGGCACAGAUGAGUGCAAAUGUUGCAGCCGCGACGGGUGCGAUUUCUCUAGUUUCGGCGAACAAUGCGUCAUCUUCGUCAUCGCCACCGCCGCCAGUUCCGAUAUCACAGCAGCAGGUGACAAGUACAACUCACGGAGGUCACAUUCAGACCAGUGUCGUCGCCCCGGUUGCAAACACAGUCCGCGCAACGACACUUGCGACAUCGGCAAAAACGAGAAAUAAUCCCAACCAGUUUCCCAACAUUGAUCCGAGAACGUUUCCCAAGCCGUUGAAUCCUACAAAUCCAAAUCCAGUUAUCGUGAAGCAGCCCAACAUGGCGAAAUCUGUGAUGGGGUUGGACAGGAGUAAGAAUAUGAGAGCGUUCGUGGAGAAAGCUAUUGCUGAGCACAAGGUCUUUUCCUGCGUUGGAGUGUACCCCGCGAUCAAGAAUGCGUUAAAGAAGCGAGGCUGGGUGGAGAAAACGGGUCCCAUCAAUGUCAUCCGGUCAGCGAGUGUGCCCUUUCGACCUGAACCAAGUGGAACUGAUGAUGAAUCCGAUGCGGCCUGGAUUGCGAGAAAUUUGCGAGAUUAUCCCCCAGAUUUUAUUUGGGUCAUACGCCGUGAUAACAUCGAUUGGAAAAGUAUGGGAAAGGAUCAAAUGAUCAACCGAUACCCUAAAGCCUGGUUUACCACAAAGGUCGGGUUGUCCGCUUGUCUCCAACAAAUCCACUGGUUCAGCGAGGCCGGAUUUUCUGAAACCUUCUUCCCCAGAUGCUACCGUUUGUGCAUGGACGACGAAAGGGCUGCCUUUCAAGACGACUAUCGCCUCACUGCCUGCAUGAGUUAUUGUCGAUACUUUGUUGAAAACUACGAGUCCAAAGGAGCAGCCUGGUUGAUUGAUCCUCAAAGUAGAAUCACCCCACUCUCCAUCGACUUUGCGUCUCGUCAGUUGGGCAACUACAUCAGAAUGAGGCGUCAUGAAGACAUUGAUUGGCUUCUCCCCCCAAAUUUCAUGUCACAACAUUGGGAAGCCUUUAUUCAUCAGUACGUCAUGGUUGUACAUGAAAAGAAGAAGAUCCGGUUCGAGAGUUUGGAGGGUGUCAAGAUGAAGUACGACAUUGCGAAAAAGACGCUCCAGCGGAUCGCACAAUACUGGCCGCAAGCCGAUCUGGACGGUGUGUAUAACAUGUGGAUUUGCAAACCGGGUGCGAGGUCUCGAGGAAAGGGAAUCGUAAUUAUGAAUUCGCUCGAAAAAGUCUUGGACCUUUUGAACCACGGGAACUCACGAGAAGCAAACUGGGUUGUCCAAAAAUACAUGGAGCGACCCAUGCUCGUCUACAAGACAAAGUUCGACAUCCGGCAGUGGUUUGUUAUCACGGACUGGACCCCGUUAACCGUGUGGUUUUACAAGGAAAGCUACAUCCGGUUUUGUACGAAACCAUUCGUGCUCGAGGAUUUUCAUGAGAGUAUCCAUCUCUGCAAUAACGCGAUCCAGUGUCGCUAUCAGAAUGCGGAAUCGAGAGACGCUGCACUUCCGGACGAGAACAUGUGGGAUAACUACACUUUCCAAGCUUACCUGAAAACGAUUGGGAAAAUGGAUCAGUGGACCAAGAUUUACGCUGGAAUGAAACAAGCAAUCAUCGGCGUUCUGCUGGCAUCGCAGGAAACCAUUGAAUCUCGAAAAGGUUGUUUCGAACUAUACGGAGCGGAUUUCAUGCUCUCUGAAGAUUUCACUCCUUGGCUCAUCGAGAUCAACUCGUGCCCUUGUAUGGCCUCCACGACGAGCAUCACGGCCAGAAUGUGUGCCCAGUGUUUAGAAGAUACGAUCAAAGUUGUUGUUGAUCGUCGUCUAAAUCGGAACGCCGACACUGGAAUGUUUGAAAUGGUGUAUCGUCAACCUCUCAGUGCUGUCACAGUCCAACAGUUUACGGGACAUGAUCUUGUCAUUCAUGGGAAAAAGUUGACCCGAGAUAUCGACUGGCCAGGGACACUCAGCACCAAGAGUUCCCAAAUUCGGAGAACAUCUUUCAUCACGAACAGCGUCUUGGGGAAAAGUCCACCCAAUGUGAUCAGCCCCCAGGAGAACCUCACUUUCUCCGAUCUCCUCCAAAAACUGAGGAUGAAGAACACCCAGCUCUUUCAAGGCUACGUGACCAACACGCAGGCCCAGACUUUGGCUGCUGUCGCGGGGGAAACGGCUGACCGGAGUCUGACCGGGACACUGCUCUCCAAGAUGAGGGCGUUGAGUAAGGUGAAACAGGACAUGGGGGGAGCGACUGAGAUGAAUGAAAUCAUUCCUGGGAUGAAGAAAGUUUAUCCGAAACCGACUGUCAGUAAAGCUAUAAAAGAAGGCCCAGAAGGAACGUUGUCGCACUUGUCGAAGUAUUUCGAAGAGAACAGCAGCACCUUUGCAAACUUGGUCCGAAUCGGGAAGGAAAUCUCCGACGAAGAGAAGCACGGGAUCGAGACGUCAGACGCUGCUGGUACCUCGAGUCCGAAUAAACUUCGUCCAGGAACGUUUGGUCCAAAUUUGAGACGACCCAGCAUAAUCGCUGCAGGAAAUCCAUACCUUCCUAGACCAGAAACGGCGAAAACUUUGGAGGAAGUUCGACUAGCGGUUAAUGCAGCUAGUAAUAAGUAUGCUGGAUCGAUAGCUCAGAAGCGGAUGUCAUCGUCUCCGGGCAAGAGGAGGUCAAAGAAAAGUUUGAGACAAUCUCCGAAUGCCAUCAGGGCCCGAUAUCCAUGACCUCUGACCCAUCCCCCUUGAAUCCUGACACAGCCACCAGUCUAGACUUAUCCACCAACAAUGCCGACCUAUCCACUCCUUUAAACAAGCCUGAUCAUCUCCUCAUAGACCUAAAACUCGAGGGUCUUGUAGUAGUGGUGACAACGGCACCUUAAAAUCUAGGUCUACCCCGUUUCGUCGACCCUCCCUAGCUAAUUGUAAGUUAAGACCUGCGACUUCCAACAAGGGGGUACGUGGCCGUGGGGGGAAUAAAUUUCCCUGCCAUCGGAUAGCCUUGAGACCUUCGAGUUCAGCAACGAGGAAAUCAUCACUGCCUACUUUCCCCGUGAGUAAAAUUAAUCUUAAACUUGUGUAAUCUACAUUUACAUAUUUUUCAAAAUGCAUGUGAAUUCAUGCAAUCAUACAAUGUCAAAUGUAGCAUAGUGUAUGUACUUAUUAUUAUUUCUUCAUUAUUAUCGCUACCACAUAAUUAAUCUGGUCACCGAAAGCAGUACCGUACCAACCGUGGUAUAUGGUGGUAGCAAAUACCAGGCCCGGGCCCCGGGCCACGUCGCUUGCUUUACACUAGAUAUAAUCGACCUCUUGUAUUUUGACGAUUUUAGAAAAGAAUGCGCUGAAAAAUCUUCGAAAAAUUAAAUAUUGAGCUAAUA